AUUGAGGCUGUCAUAAUUAUUUAAUGUCCUAUUUCAGAAGUCUUCAGAAGUACAAAACAGUUGUACCGUCCUUCUGGACAGAUCAGAGUCUGUUCAUCAGGGAUGGGUUCAUCAUGGGUUUCACUAUAGAAAUGAUCUUCCUCUACACAAACAUGUAUGACUCUUUCGUAAGGAAAGCCACACUUAAAUGACUUGAACAAAAGAGGUAUUUCGAUUACAAGCUAAAAGAGAAGAAGAAGCUUGAUGAAAUCAGGGAGAAUAAGAAGAAACGAAUCCAGGAAAUACAGCAGAUGUUGGGGAAAGAUCCCCCUGGAGAGUCUAUCCCUGAUCCGAAAGUUGAGUAA